ACACACCCUCUGUGUGUCAUCUUCUGCCGGGUAGGGCGGCUCACUCACUGCAACAAGCUGCUGCUUGCACAGCCGGGGAUGGGCUUGGAACGUGCAGAAGCUGCCGAAAAGCUCUGCCUCGGGGCUGGGGGCCUGCCGAGACGAGACGGGGCAAGGGCUUGCGCGUGCGGCUCCAGCUCCCAAUUCCACACCUAGGCUAAGUCAGAUCUGUGCCCCUCACACAUCAAGCUGUGCAUGAAGGAGUCGAGCGAGGUGCUGCGGGGCCAGAUGCAGUGCAUGAUGCGGACCCUCCACGACCUGAAGAGGGUGCACGACCGAGACAUCCGACUGGACCCCCAGGAGAUGAGGCCGCUCUCUGCCAUGCCUUCCCCAAAGCAGUGUACCAGCCCACGGGUAUCCGCCAUUUCGGAAGCAGACUCUGCCUGUUGCCUGGAGACGGCCGUAGAGGAAGAGGUUGCCUUCUCUCCUCCGAGCAGCGAGCGGAGCUUGGAGUUUGACUCGGGCUAUUCUGAAGUGUCUGGGAGCAGCUGGAGGGAUGAGGAGGGGCCCCAACCUCUGCGAGCCAGCAAGCUUUCCUCGGGGGGAUUUCUGCGCCGCCGGGCACCCACCAGGAGGCCCAGGCCCAAAUCUGCUUCUGAUGCCUGCUUGGAGCGGUGGCGGGAUGUCGAGCCCACAGAUGCCGGGGACUGGACCGUGUCCCUUUUGUCACAGAGCCGCAACCGGCAGCCAUUAGUGCUGGGGGACAAUUGCUUUGCUGACCUGGUUGAGAACUGGAUGGACUUGCCUGAGGAGAGUGGGGAACGGGGGCGACUGCAGCGCUGGCUGGCUAAGCCCCAUGGCUUCCUGCUCAACCUCUCUGGCAACGUACGCCGCAGGCUGGCUGGCAUCUCGCGCACAGAGCGGGCCAAACAGGACCCUGACGGCACCAAGCGUUUCUCUUGCCCCGCAGGUCUGGGAGGGCGACCUCCAUUACCCUACUUCCACCAGUCCUACGCCAACAUCAGUGAGCUUUCCACAGACUGUAGCAGCUUUGCUGCCCUCAUGAACUGCCGGAGCCGGCAGCCGAUCAUUUGCAAUGAUGUGAUUGGCUACAUCUAGCCUUGCCUCUCCUUUUUUUAAAUGCUCUUUUUCUUAAUGGAACAGAUUUAUAUUUUUUACAGUUGCCUGUAAAUAAAUGUCUUUUUUCUACAUUAAAUCUGUCUGGUGUG